AUGUCCGCCCCUCUCCCCAAGCGCAUCAUCAAAGAAACCGAACGCCUCCAAAACGAACCCGUCCCCGGCAUCUCCGCACAACCCCACGACGACAAUGCCCGCUACUUCGACGUGAUAGUAGAAGGCCCAGGCGGCAGUUGCUAUGAAGGCGGCGUCUUCCAGCUCGAACUCUUCCUCCCCGACGACUACCCCAUGUGCCCACCGCGAAUACGCUUCCUCACACGAAUCUACCACCCCAACAUCGACCGUCUCGGCCGUAUCUGUCUAGAUGUCCUAAAGAACAACUGGAGUCCCGCGCUGCAGAUUCGGACGAUCUUGCUGAGUAUACAGGCGCUUCUGGGAGCGCCGAACCCGGAGGAUCCGUUGAAUGAGGCGGUUGCGAAGCAGUGGAAGGAGAACCAGCCGGAAGCGAUCAAGACUGCGAAGGAGUGGACGGCGCAGUAUGCGCAGCCGAAGAAGUGA